AUGGUUAAGUUUGAUAGAGCAAAGCUCUACCAAGCUGUGACAAGCUUUCAAUUCAAGUUUAUUGUCUUUUAUUGCCUUGGGAUCUUUUUAAUUUAUCCUUCUUUUACUACCACUAAUUUCAAUGGUGCUACUUGUGCUUAUGUUAAAAAUGAAGAAGGUGCUGUUGGUCUUGCUGAAGUUGCUGUCAGAUUGAACGUCUUAAAAGUCAAUGAACAAUAUGAUGCUUCUACUUUAAAAUUCCCUGUAUUGCUUUUCAAGUAUACUGAUCGUGAAAACUUUACAAAUAUUCCAACUUUAGAUGAUUUCAGAAAAUAUUAUGAGUCAGAAGAUAUUGAAUUUGGAGAUGAUUUGAUUAAUUCAGAUCAUAAGUUCAGAUUGGAUGUUGCUGAAGGUAAGACAUUAAAUGAAGCUGGGUUAUACAAUGACUAUAUCAUGCUAUAUAACUCAAGCUUCAAAGGAGAGCCUCAUAUGCGUGCUGGUUUCAAAGUCAAGAGAUCAGGAUUGUAUUGUGCUUAUAUUGCUACUCCAGCUAUAGAUGAUCCUAGUAAAGGUCUCAUGUUAGGUAUUGCCUUCAACAAUUCCUUUGGUGAACUCAGUUAUUAUGCACAUUUACUUUCUUCUCAAAUGAAAUAUUUUGUUGCUAUCGGUAGUGUUCUUGCAGUAUACUUUCAAUUCUACACUCUAAGAUUCAGAAAUGAAGGAGACAGCUACUUUAGUUCUAAAUCUAUUUCACUGGUGUCUUUAAGUGUCACAAGAUUAUUUUCUUUGAAAGUCUUAUUCGAAAUACUUCCAUUAAUCGGUUUCAAUACAUCAAAUCAUGAGAUUGUUUCCAGUAUUUUUUUAGCUAUUGGUAUCAUCUAUAACGCGUUGUUCAAUAUUUACAUCUAUUCAGGUAUACUCAACGUUGCUUUGGGAUAUGGUGUUAUUACCGCGAUAAACUUGAAGCAUGUGCUCAAGGAUCCUAUGGUUCAAAAAUAUAUAGCAUUGAUAGUGGUUACUAUAUUUGUAACCUUUCUGGGGGUGCUUAAUUAUGGUGGUCCAAAUAUUUUCAAUAAUUCAUAUUCAGCUAGAUUGUUCUCAAACAAAAUGACGGAUUUAUUAUUCAUUUCAGCUCAAUUGUUACCAAUUGUGUGGAAGGUUCUCAUUCUUGCAAGUUUUAGACGUACAAAGAAAACUAUGAUCAACAAUGAUACUCAAUAUUUGAAACCAUUCAAACAUUCAUUAGCUUUCUUGAUUGUCUCUCCUAUUAUCUUCACUGCUCUUACUAGCUUUGUGUUCAAUGCCAGUUUUAUACAAGUAUUGUUAUUCAAUCCUUUGUAUGAUAUCCCUGCCACUAUCAUGAGAUUCAGAUUAGUGUACUUUGAUGUCGUAAAUACAGGCGUAUCAGAAGUAACAAAAUUUGAUCCAAAUCUUAACUUGGCCAGUAUGUGGAGUCAAUAUUUGACUUUCUAUGCUAAUGCUAUUUUCUUAUUCGUUAUGUGGGUCAAGAAUAACAAGGGGUUAUUGUAUGUGGUUGAAGAUGUUGAAGCAAAAUAUGAACCAUUAGACGGUGAUGUAAAGGAAGAGGAAGAGAAUGAAGAGUGA